AUGAAACGCAUGGAUAUCUUCUGUGCUUCCCAAGCCUCAACAGCCAUAUGUCUCAGCAUGGAUCAAGCCUCAUGCUCCUCUUCAAACACCAUUCUACUCGGAGGCCGAGCUAUUGACCGCCACAACCCCAUUAUCAAUGACUCAAGAAGGAGCACUUCCAAAUCUCUCACUGCCCCUUGUUCCUCCUCUCAGUCACCCAUCAACCCAAAGCCUUACCAUGAGCUCCGCAAGGCCAAGAAAAACUCUACUGCCAAAAAUGCAACCAAGGGUCAUGAUAAUCACAAGAAGAAAAACACAGCAGAAAACAUCGCUGAACAUGUCACCUACACUUCUAAACCAAUUGAUGGCAUUGUGCGUAGGAGUUUGAUUAAGCCACCUUCUGAUUUAAUCACUCCUCAUGGCUCAGCUAGAUCUUUGCUCAGUGACUCGGUCUUAUUGGAUGCUUCAUCACAUUAUGAUCCAGUUUUGGCCUUAUCUACUACGGUUAAUAGCAAAACUUCUCAAGUUGUUCUUCAAGAUGAAACCAUCCCUGUUUCUAAACAUUCCAGCUCUUCUCAUUCAAAAUCUGGUUCCGAAGACCAGGUUGUUGAAUUGAGGGUAUCUCUGCAUUGCAAAGGCUGUGAAGGGAAAGUGAGGAAACACCUUUCCAGAAUGCAAGGAGUUACUUCCUUCAACAUAGAUUUUGCGGCAAAGAAGGUGACAGUGGUUGGGGAUGUGACUCCAUUGAGUGUCUUGGCUAGCAUAUCAAAGGUGAAAAAUGCACAAUUCUGGCCAGCAAGUGCAUCAGCAGGAGGAUCUGGUACUGUUGAAACAAAGAAAAUAAAUUUAUCCAAUUAA